CAUGGACGGAUGUUCUCCUGGAGUUGGAUGAUCGUAUUCGAAAAGAAACUGCUACCACUGCUACUACUGUUACCAGCAAAGUAGUGGUAGUACUUUCUUUUUGGAGAAGAUCCUAUAAGAAGUUUGAUGUAGUUCCUAGAGAUUCGUUGCCAAAAACUGAAUGGACUUUUGGUGUUUUCCUAGUUGUAAUUGUUGAUGUUGUCAUCGUUGAAGUGUCAAAAAUGAAAUGGAUUUUUGGUAAGAAUUUUUCUUAG